GGACGCCGCGACCGGCAUAACAUUACGAAAGCCGUACGAGAACACGCGAACGAUGCAUAAAUACGUUGCUCUAGCAUUGCUGCUGCUUGCAGGCGCGCAAGCCCGCAAACACCACCACAAACAUGAAGACCCAUUCGCGGCUCUGGACCAACAACUCUCACACUCCCUAGCCUUCCACUACCUCUGGCCAUGGAGUCAACUCGUCCAAGCCGCCGCCGCCAUGGAUGACGAGGACAACCUCGAAGAACCACAAAUAACAUCAGACCCGAAAGGCUUCGAAAUCAAUAUGAACGUCAAGAGAUUCAAGCCUGAAGAACUCAGGGUCAAAGUUAAAGACCAGUACAUUAUUGUAGAAGGAAGACACAGAGUGACGUCUGAUAAUACGCGAUUCAUGGCUAAUCACUUCGUCCAGCGCUUCAAUCUUCCUCCUGGAACUAAGCAGGAGGAAGUUAAGGCUGUGUUGAAGGAGAAUGGCAUCUUAAGCAUCUCUGCGCCUAGACACGAAGUACCACCUCCACCACCUGAAAGGAUAGUCCCCAUCGAAGUGAGACUGCCUCAGCCUUCUUCCGAAAAACCAACAGAAACUCCCACCGACGCUUCUACAGAAAAGAUAGAAACGUCAUCUGAAAAACUGGAAACUACACCAGAAAAAAUCGAAACUCCAACGGAGAAAAUCGAAGCUUCAUCGGAGAAAAUCGAAACUUCGUCAAAAAAGGUUCCUGAAAUGGAACUGGAAGCUUCCACGGAAAAAGAAGAGUCACUACUGGAAUUCCAACUGGCCGACAAGGGGCACCAUGUUGGAAAAAUCAGGAAGAAGGAGCUGAAGAAUACUUCAAAACACGUAAAAGACAACGAAGUGUCUAAAGGAGACGGAAAUGGCUUAGAUUACGCUCUCAUAGAGGCGGAAGAGUGAACGCAAGGGUAGUUAUACCUUAAAAGACUGAUAGCUUUAAAGCGGUGCUGUGAAAACUAUAACCUCGUUUGGUUUCGGACGUAUAGGCAUAUUCUUAUUGGUGCGCGAGCGUGGGCGAGUGGAUAGUUCUUGUGCGAACCAGUGUAAAUGGAUCUCUAGGUUUGUUAUAGCUAAAGAGCGCUCCUUAUACAGGUUUCCUUGAGCGGUCACGUAUCCCACGCUUUUCGUGCGAAUGAAAUUAAGUCCUUGCUUCGAAAAAUCGAUACGUUGUCGCUUUGACUGUGAAAUCGAGGAAUUGGCGAAAUAGCGAAACUAUGUUAAUCCGACAAGGUACAUGUGUAAGGAAUUGUGUAACUCGUAUGAGGGUGUAUUUGUGCCUCAAUUGCCAUUGAAAACAGGCACUUGUACACGCUUAGUGACAUUUAAUUUACGAUGUCAUUAAAAAGUUUUUUAUUGUUAGUCAGACCUAGAGGCUAAACUAAGAUUUAUAAACGUUAUUUUGUUUCGUGAAUAAAAAUGUUAUUUAUUUUAAGCUA